ACGGUGCACUGAUAGGCGGCGGUGGCUUUCCGGAGUUCGGAUAGAAGUUUCAAACUUACGAUUAAAUGUUGAUAUAGAGUCACAGCAAAUAUAGUAAUAAUCUUAUAGUAAUAGUCUUUUCUAAAGCACAUGUAAUGGAAGUUGAGUGUGGAGCAAUGGAGUGCUGUCUCAAGUGAAAAUUGAAGACGUGAUAGAAGAUGAACCACUGCUAUGCUAAGAUGGCGACGUCCAGUCAAAGAGAAGGCGGAAGAGACUCAGCGCCACCAACUCCUAGCACAUCAUCAACGGAGAAAAAGCCCAAAAGCGCAGGUCACGACAUCCAACAGCUGAAUGGCCAUCAAGAAGAUCGUCCCAUUCAGCCACAGGGCAUUUUGAAACAGGAGUAUCCGGAGCCUCCCCAUGUUAAAGAGGAAGAGGAGGAACUUUGGACCACACAGGAGGGAGAGCAUCUUCUACGGCAGGAGGGGGCUGAUCCCACCAAGUUGCCACUGGCUGUUGUCUCUGUGAAGACUGAAGACCAUGAAUACAAACCACCUGAGUCCUCACGUUGUUUGUUGAUUGAUCAUCAAAAACAACGCCUCCCUCAGCCGCACGGGGGGAGCUCCACUUUGAAGCAGGAACAUCCACAGCCUGCCCAUGUUAAAGAGGAGGAAGAGAAGGAACUCGGGACCACUCAGGAGAGAGUGUGUCUUCUUGGGCUGGACGGUGCUAAUCUCAUCUUGUUGCCACUGACUGUUGUCUCACUAACUGGUGUCUCUAUGAAGACUAAAGACCAUGAAGACAAACCACAUGAGUCCGCACAGCUUCAUCACAAUCCAAGUGCGGAGAACAGAGGGGCGGAGCAUACACACAUAAGAGAAAAACCUUUUAGUUGUUCUGUUUGUGUUAAGAACUUUUAUUUUAAGUCUGAUUUGAAGAAACACAUGGUGACUCACACAGGAGAAAAGCAGUUUACUUGCUCAGUUUGUGCUAAAACCUUUACUGCUAAGUCUACUUUGACUCAACACAUGCGGAUACACACAGGAGAAAAAACAUUUAGUUGCUCAGUUUGUGCAAAAAGCUUUUCUUGGAAGAGUAAUUUGACUCAACACAUGCGGAUUCACACAGGAGAAAAAGUAUGUUGUUCUGUUUGUGGUCGAAGAUUUUCCCGAAAGGAACAUAUGGUAUCACACAUGAGAAGGCACACAGGAGAAAAACCCUUUAGUUGCUCAAUUUGUGGUAACAGCUAUUCUUUCAGGAAAAGUUUGACUUAUCACAUGCUGAAACACACAGGACAAAAACGUUUUGGUUGUUCUGUUUGCAGUCAAAGAUUCCCAACCAAGUCAGGUAUGGUAGCUCACAUGACAACACACACAGGAGAAAAGCCUUUCAGUUGCUCAGUAUGUGGUAAAAAAUAUUCUUGCAAACCCAGUUUGACUUGUCACAUGCGGAACCACACAGGAGAAAAACCUUUUGUUUGUUCAGUUUGUGGGCAAAGAUUUGCCCAUAAGCAAAAAAUGGUAUUACACAUGAGACAGCACACAGGAGAAAAACCCUUUAGUUGCUCAGUUUGUGGCAAAAAAUAUACUUACAGAAACAGUUUGACAUACCACAUGCGGAAACACACAGGGGAAGAAUGUUUUGCUUGUUCUGUUUGUGGGACAAAAUUCCCAACAAAAUCAAGUAUGGUUGCUCACAUGCGGAAACACAUGGGAGAAAAACCUUUUGUUUGUUCAGUUUGUGGGCAAAGGUUCACUCAAAAGUCUUUAAUGUUGUCACAUAUGAGAAUUCACACAGGAGAAAAGCCCUUCAGUUGCUCAGUUUGCGGUAAAAACUAUUCUUACAAACCCAGUUUGACUUAUCACAUGCGGAAACACACAGGAGAAAAACCUUUUGUUUGUUCAGUUUGUGGGCAAAAAUUCACCCACAAGCAUAAAAUGAUAUUACACAUGAGAAAGCACACAGGAGAAAAACCCUUUAGUUGCUCAGUUUGUGGCAAAAACUAUUCUUACAAAAACAGUUUAACUUAUCACAUGCUGAAACACUCUGGAGAAAAACCCUUUGCUUGCUCUGUUUGUGGUCAAAAAUUCCCAACAAAGUCAAAUAUGGUAGCUCACAUGCGGAAACACACGGGAGAAAAACCUUUUGUUUGUUUGGUUUGUGGGCAAAGAUUCACUCAGAAGGCGUUUUCACAUAUGAGAAUUCACACAGGAGAAAAGUCCUUUAGUUGCUCAGUUUGUGGCAAAAGCUAUCCUUACAAAAGCAGUUUGACUUACCACAUGCGGAAACACACAGAAGAAAAGUCUUUUGCUUGUUCUGUUUGUGGUCAAAGAUUCCCAACAAAGUCAAGUAUGGGAGCUCACACGAGAACACACACAGGAGGACCUGUUUGUUUCUCAGUUUGUGGUGAAAGCUUUUCUCAGAGAAACCGUUUGACUCAUCACAUGCAGAAACACAAAGGCAAAAAACCCUUUGGUUGCUCAGUUUGUGGUAAAAGAUUCUCAAAUAAGAAAGCAAGCACAUACCACACUAAAGCUUGUCGAUGAUUGGGUUCAACCAGAACAUAAUUGCAAGCAAAAAAACUUCAAACAGUCUUUCUGACAUUCAUACAUACCACAUUUAACUAAUGCAAUCAAUAUCAAAUGCAGUAUGUAUUGUUGAUUGAUCAUAUCAGAUGUGAGUAGAGAUGUGGUAAUUGAGAGUGGCAUAGGCCUGGGUUAUGUGUACAAUAAUACAUGACACAAGAAGGGAAACCAUUCUUGAAGAACAAUAUAAAACUAUGGAAAUGUAAUGAUAAAUAAUUGAUGUUACGGGUAUUAUAUGCUAAGACAUUAGAGUGCAAAUGAGAGUGCAAAUGCAAGGCAGCCUAUUCAGCCGAAAUUGCAAAGUGUGUGCUGGGCGGGGCUAAGCACACUGCAGGGUACAAUUUAUUUGCCUCCUCUGGUGUGUGUACACAUUGAUGAAAUGAAUGACUGUUACUGAUUGAAUAGAAUGAAUAUGUCCAUAGGUAGGGUAAUAAUGUAUGCAGCCCUGUAGCGUCAUGAAGACCUUGAGUAAUAAAUGUCUAAGAAUCCAUUAUGUUGCACAAAUAUGUCCUACAUG